AUGUUUUAUUGAAUAUAUCUGGGUCGAAAUAAUAUUCAUUUAGUAAAAUUGAAAAAAAAAAAUCCCAAUUUUUCUCGUUAGUUUGCUCCCUCUAUAUACCGGAUACCUUCUCGGGUUAGAGGAUGCAGCUUUAGUCUUUAAAAACUUUAAUUAUCAUUACAUCUACCAUUCUGAGAAUGUCAGAGUGGCGGGCGUAACGAUAAUUAAAAAAACCCCAGAAACACAAUCAAACAAAGGCCCUAAAAAGUAUUUUAGUAUACACAACAAUUAAAUAUGUAAAUAUGCUUUAUAAAAAGUGCUUUAUGCGCGUUAGUUUUCGAACAAAACAAGUCUUCUCAGAUACCUUUGAAAUAAUUCUUUCAUUCUAAAUCAUAACCACGGAAAUAGGUUUGAAUAAGCUUAACUGGUUCACGUUGUUCGUUUCACAACGAUUUCUAAGGAACAAAGAUUGGUUAACUCUCAAACGUAGCUGCCUCUUUAAUGAAAUCAGUAAACUCCCGACUCCAUCUGUGAUGGUUGAUUCAGAGGGUGACAUAGAAUUGGUCAUUCAAUGACACGAGAGUUGUUCAGACUGACAAGCAUUGGUUUGAUCCCGUAUCAGCUUGACUCAGACCUAUAGGUAUAUAUACGGCUCCCCGCUACAGCAGUCCCAGCAACACCCAGUCAGCUGAUAGAAGGUUUAUUAAACUUUACCAUUUGGCCAUGCAGUCCCAGACAGUCCUUGCCGUUUUGUUUUUAGCUAGUUUUACCGUUGCAGUGCCGCCAAGCAAAUCAACCAAAGGCUGUAGGGGUUUCCUCUGGACAUCCUGUGAUAAGAAAGUUGCAUUUAACAGAUUGAGCUGUUCCUUAUCGGACUAUGACGUCAACGGUGACGGGACCGUGAAAGUCUCCGAGUUCUUGACCACGGUUUCGGCGACCCAGGAGGUAGGGGAGGAGUUGUCCUCCCUGAUCGAUAAAGAUAAUGAUGGGGUGUUCUCAGAGAGAGAAUUUACAGCAAGUCUUCCUGAACUCAGAAGCCGAGAUAUCGUCAACUGUUGAAGAAGUAACGUAUCACGUUUAUUUUGUAUUUAAAAUAUGGAAGACCAAUUAAGCAUCAAAGUUUUUUGUGCACAAUUUUUAUAUCUAGUGUUUACAAAAUCUAUGGGAAAAUAUUCUUACAGGUGAAAUGUUUCAUAAUUCAGAGGAAAUCCAAGAGAAGAUUAAAACUUUGUUUUGUCAGUAAAAAGAAAUCAAAAGGACUUCAAGGAUAUGCUGGUUU